CUUCUCCCUCCUCCACCAACCUUUAUCGCUCUCUUCCCUCUCUCUCAACCUCAACGUUGACGAAAGCUUUGCUUUGCGCCGACAAUAUAUACAUCUACGCCGCAUACCUUAUCGGAGAGUGCCAUGCCUGCGGAGAAGAGGAACGAAGGCGGGGAUAGAGAUAGAGAGCGGGACCAGGAUAGGGACAGAGACAGAGACAGGGACCGGUCCAAGCCCAAGGGUCCGGGCAAAGCGAAAGAUCUCUCGCACGUCCCCUGCAAGUUCUUCAAGGUCGGCUCCUGCACGGCCGGCGCGGCCUGCCCGUUCUCGCACGCGGCGCUCGAGCCCGGCCAGGCGAAGGACGUCUGCACAUGGUUCGUCAAGGGCAAUUGCAAGUUUGGCCACAAGUGCGCGCUCGCGCACGUUUUGCCCGGGCAGAGCAUGGCGAUGGACCGCAAGAACAAGAAGGCCGCGCAGAUCGCGCACGCGUCGGGUGGCGGCAAGGAAGGCGGCGGCGGAGGGCGGGAGAGGGAUAGGGAUCGGGGCGACAGGGACAGGGAGAGAGAGCGGGACCGAGAGAGGGGCGAUAGGGACAGGGAUAGGGAUAGGGAGGGGUCGAGGGGAGGCAGGGCUGGACGCGGGACCAACCACGGCCAUAGUACCGCCAGCGGAGGAGGACCCGCCUCGUCAGGCGGCGCGGGCUCCAGCUCGUCGAAGACUGCCGCCAACCCGCUCCUCGCAGGCCUCUCCGUGACGGCGCCGACGCGCGCCAGCCGUGGCACGGCCGCGACGCCGCUCCAGGCGACGAUCAUCUCACCCGCCGCACCUGCGCCAGCGAUCACCGACGCCGACUUUGCGAGCAUGAGCCUGCUCGACGACGCAUCCGCAUCCGCCCAAGCUCCUACCCGCAGCCUGGACCAGCAACCACAGCAAGAGCAGAAGCAGUCCGAGCAGCCGGCUGCCACCUCCUCGGAUGCGUCCUCCCCCGCCUCCGGGCCCGUGGACGUCCCCCGCGCCACGCAACGCGCCAACGAGCUCGGGCCCAUCGGCUCUCCACCCCGCGGACUGACCGUUACCGGCGUCUCACCUCCGCCGAAUUCGACGCCGGGUUCCGCAGGCUUUCCGGCCUCCCCUCCCGCCCCGCCGCUCUCUACCUCGCCCUUCUCCGCGCCGGGCGCGCAGACCGCGUUCCGCGACGUCGACUUCCGCGCGCGCUCGGGCAUGGCUGCCUCCCUCGGCGCGCGGACCUGGAUGGCGUCUUCCUCCUCGCACCCGACUCUCGGGAACGAAGAGGCGGUCGAGGACGCCGACCUGGAAGAGUUCAUACCCGGCUCGCUCUCCGACCUCCUCACGCCCGAGGAACGCCAGCGCCGUCUGUCCCGCAACGCCAACGCCGCAGCGCGCCCGAAACCGUCCAUGCUCGCCGCGCCCCAGCUGCGUCCCGCCCCGUCGCACCACGCCGACUCCGGCGCGGGCGGGCACCGCUACUCGCGCUCCGUGCCGGGCGCGUCGCUCCUGAGCGACAUCAAGUCGAUCUGGGCGCGGCCGGACGGAAUGGCUCCCGGCUCGCCGGGCGCGAUGGGCGGCGCGGGCGGAGUGGUGGGCGCGUCGCCCGGCGCGAGCCCCGGCCUCGCGCUCGGGAACGGCACCCCGUCCUCGUUCACGUCGCGCUCGCCGCCCGCGACGUCGGUGCCGAUGCUCAGCCCGACGAACGCCUCCGCCGCGUUUUUGCCCGGCCUGCACGCGCACUAUGCGCAGGCGUACGGCCAGCGGCCCGGGCUCGUCGGCGCGUCGGCGUCGUUCAGCCUCGGCCAGGCGGGCGACGCCGCGAACGUCAACGGCGGCAGCGUCGCCGCGUUCUCCCCGCCGCGGGCGGCGAACGGCUUCGUGCGCCCGCCGCUGUCCGCCGCGCCGUCCGACCCGACGUUCCUCCGCGCCUCGGCGCUCGCGCACCCGCAGUCACAGUCGCAGACGCUCUCCCAAACCCUCGCCGCGCAGCACCUGCAACAGCAACAAUACCCGCACGCGGGCGUACCCGCGCUGGGCAACACCGCGGACUUGGACUACGGGGCAGGCGGCGGGGCAGGCGCGCUGCUGUCGCCCUCCGCGCGCGCGCUGCAGGCGCACGCGCCGGGCCAGUCGCUCCCUCAGGGGCUCGCCGCCGGUUACUCGCGCAUCCACGCGCGCCCGCCGGCGUUCGGCGUCGGCAGCCCGAGCCCCGCGGCCGGGGUCGCGUUCAGCCCGGGCAGCAAGACGGGCGGCGGGAUCGGCUACGCGGAGUGGGCAAGCUCGGGCGGGGGCGUGGGCGUGGGCGGCGGCGGGGCGGAGAACGGGCUCGGGCUGGAGAGCAUGUUCUCGCGCUUGUCGUCGUUCUCGGCGGCGUCGAAGGCGGGCGCGAGGAGCGUGAGCGGCGGGGCGCAGGCGCAGGCGGGGAGGGGGUACGGGGCGCAGGCGCAGGCGCAGACGCAGACGCAGACGCAGGUGCAAGGGGGGACGCCGUUGAGCCCGCUCAGCAAGCCGGCUUUUACGGGCGACGACGACGACGUGCUGUUCAGCUUCGAUCAUUGAGCGGGGCGUGCUCCUCAGCCCAUCAAAACCAAACGAAAAAAUUGCAAGUCAACGAAAACCGGACCGCCUGCCGUCGGACCAUCACAUCUCGGGACCUUGGAAUGGCCUCCUUCCCUCCCUCUUCCCAAUGCAAUUGUCUUUCUUCGCGCCCCUCUUGUCCUCGUAAUGUCUCCUCCUGCCAUUGCCUUGUCUCAUACUCUUCAGCUAAUGUACACAACCCAAUUCACCCAUCACCGCUUGGCUUGCGCGUCUGCCCAUCGCCCCUGCUCGAGUUCUUCUCCUCUCCCAAUCUCCGUCUAUUUUGUGUGCGUGAUACUGUCAUCAUUCUUGACUCUGUCCAUGUCCAUGUGUGUGCGUGUUGUCGUGCGUGUGCGUCUCAUUCCAUGUGACCCGAAGGUAUAUAUAUAUAUAACCGCAGUGGUACUGUCGAUGUGUAGGCGCCGAGAGCGCGCCGUAAUUGUAUCUAUAUGCAGUCUCUCUUCCCCUCGGGCAGCCAGUUCUACGACGUUCAUGACCCGCGACAGCACUUCGGAUCGGAACGUUCACGGGCACUGCUUGUUACAGAAGCUACCGUCUUCGCCGCAGCAGAUACAGCGCGAGCAGGUUAAUCCGCAGUGGUUGGGCGCUCCGGCGACGCAUGCGCGUUCGGUGAGGCGGUCGAGGUAGGUUGCGGAUGCCGAGGCUGGAGUUGCGGAGAGGAGGAGGGCGGUGAGCAUGGCGAGGAUCGCUGGUAGGCUGGUGAUGGUAAGAAACUUCAUCGCGGUGGUAUAGCGGCGGGCGUUCCGGAUGCGAAGUCGAGGUUCGCGAGGCAACGGGGGCUCCAGGUCAUGCGAUAUCUUGCCAGCUUUAUAUGUUCACCUUUGAGGCCAUGUUUUCUGGUAUACGAUACGUUCUCGCGCCGAUAGCUGUCACCGGCGGGGGGCGGCAAUCCACGGCGGGAUAUCGAUGCUGAUAACGGGAGGGCGUUGGUCCUCGCGGGGACGGGAGACUGCAUCUCGGAGCGACUU